AUGAAACUAAUCAUCGAGGACGAUGCCGCACAAGUCGCCGACUUUGCCGCUCGCUACGUAGCCAGAAAAAUCGCGGAGGCAACGGAAAAAGGCAAAUUUUUCGUGUUGGGACUGCCAACCGGCUCGACACCACUCGGAAUGUACAAAAAACUAAUCGAAUUCUAUAAAGCCGGAGUGAUUUCGUUCGAAAUGGUCAAAACUUUCAAUAUGGAUGAGUAUGUUGACCUGCCACGUGACCAUCCGGAGUCGUAUCACUCAUUCAUGUUCGACAACUUCUUCCGACACAUCGAUAUUCAACCUGCCAAUAUUCACAUUCUCGACGGAAACACAUCGGAUCACGAGAAGGAGUGUGAGGAGUACGAGAAGAAGAUUCUCGAAGCGGGCGGUAUCGAUUUAUUUAUCGGUGGAAUCGGUCCGGACGGUCAUAUCGCAUUCAACGAGCCGGGGAGUUCGUUGGCCAGUCGGACACGUAUUAAGACACUCAAUGAGGAUACUAUACAGGCAAACGCUCGUUUCUUCGGCGGAGACUUGUCGAAAGUGCCAACUCAAGCGCUAACCGUCGGCGUUCAAACCGUAAUGGACGCUCGUGAAGUUAUGAUUCUCAUCACGGGAUCCCACAAAGCGCUCGCCCUCCACCAAGCCAUCGAAUGCGGAAUCUCCCAUAUGUGUACCGUUUCGGCGAUGCAAAUGCACAAAUGUGCCACGUUCGUCGCUGACGAAGACGCCACGUUGGAGUUGAAAGUGAAGACGGUCAAAUUUUUCAAGGGAUUGAUGACGCAUCACCGGAAACUUGUCGAGUUUUAA